AUGCUCAUCGGCAAAGAAACAGUACGUUCCAACAAGUCACGACGAUACUUCUUGUUACUUAUCUCACCUAUAACAUGGUUUCGAUGUUUUUCACUAAUCUUCGGUCGUACACGUGCACGAACACCCAGAAUUGCGUUUGCGCAGUACUUUAUUCUAUCAUGUGUUAUUAUUCUUAUGAUUGGCUCGUGCUAUCUCUUCUAUUCUGUGACAAGUGAUUCUGGUGAAUACAGUCUCUAUCUGUCGGAUGUCGCCGCAAAUAAAACCUCAAUGUACGAAGGAAGAAAACGCUUCGAUAAUCUUAUCUGGCGAAGUGUACUGAAAACAUUUUUCCUGGGCACUAUAUUCGGAUUGAUUCAGGCAUGCAAUUUCUACUUGGCAGCUCAAUGGCGUCAGCGACUAUGUGAUCGAUUCCAUGAAUUACUAUUCGAAUCAUCAAAUGGAUGUAUUCUUUAUGAAACAUCACAAAAGAAUGAGGACAUGCCGAGAAUUCUUACAAGUGACAUUAAACAAUUUACUACUAAUUUCUGCACAGUUCUCUUCGGAUCGAUAUUUUUUGCCGGUCUCAUUUCGGUGCUAAUUGCUAUCACUCUUGCUUCCGUGUUUUUGGUUCUUGCUGCAAAUGGAGAUGCCACCGGUAUUCUUAUUUGUUACAGCGCGUUUGUCAUCUGUCUUUUAUUGAUCUUGCCCAGCACACAACUGUACAAUUGGAAUUUAUUAGAACAAUCGAAACUAAAAGGUAUCUUACGUGGAUAUGUGCAACGUAUUAAAACAAAUGCUGAAUGUAUUGUACUCUAUGGCAGCCAGCGAGUGGAAUUACAAUAUAUCAAGCGAUUAAUAGGAAAGAUUCUCAAUUCGAUGUUGAUCGGUUCGAUCAGUUUUGCACUAGUAAAUUUUCCCAUUCAAUUACUCACCGCCUUGAAUGGAAUGUGUACGUACGUUAUGCCAGCCAUUGUAUUCUUCUUCGUUCGAAAAACCCAGACUACGGAGCUAGCACAGGCGUACUUAACUGCCAUUCCACUGUAUUCGUUCUUGAUCACUGUACUUGGUCAGUUGUUGUUAAUUAUCGAGCCUGCUCUAAUAACAGUGACGGUGGGUGAUCAGCUUUGGACAGUAUUGAACCGCUUGGAAACCCUAGAAAAAGAAUAUAAGAAACGUAUGGAAUAUGAACGAAAUUAUUCUAUCAGACACGACGAUACAAAUAGAUUCACCUUAGAACAUUUUAAUAUCUCUAUACCCGGUAAUGCAACUGAUGGUUCUUUAUUGCAAAGUGAUAUAAAUUUAGACACAAUUCGCGGUCAAUGUGUGCUUAUUUCCGGACCGAGUGGAUGUGGGAAGACGUCAUUAUUUCGUAUCUGUGCUGGUCUUCGACCUAUCAAUGCUAAACAAAUUAUAUUACCUGAACGCCGUCAUCUUCUCUUCGUUCCUCAAAAACCCUAUUUACCUCUUGGUAACCUACGCUUUCAAGCACUGUUCCUUCUAGAACAUCGGUGCGACGUCAAAGACGAUGAUAUCUAUCAAUUAUUUAAGACAGUGAAUCUCCAGUACUUAUGUGAAAGAUAUACAUUCGAUACAGUCGUUGAUUGGUCGACAGUAUUGUCUGUAGGUGAACAGCAACGUUUAGCAUUUCUUCGUUUAUUCGCAUGUUUCACCUUGUCAUCGAAUUAUGAUCAAUUAAUUCAUGAAACACUCGUUCUUUUUGAUGAAUCAACUAGUGCUGUUGAUGCCAAAACAGAACACGAAAUCUAUGCAAAUCUAGUUCGAUUACAAGCGUGGUUCGUCACCAUAUCUCACCGUGCAUCGCUUAUUGAUCUACAUACAAAAUCGUUACAUUUAUAUUUGAACAGAACUUCCGAGCAACAAGAACAGAUCUCAAAUAUACAAUUGCCAAAGAACACUGAUGAUUUCAACGCAAAUGAAUUGUACGAAGCGAAACAAAGUCAAGCUGCCAGUAGAUCAAAUACAAAUACAACAGAAAGGUUGAACUGGCGAUUUGUAGUAAAAAUCUUCCAAUUCAUUCAUUUACCGUUUUCUAAAGAUGAUCAAUAUUUAAAAUUACAAACAAUCAUCGCUUGGAUUGUCACGCUUCUUCUUCUUGGCAUUAGUACAUGGUGCACAUAUCGGUUCACCAAGCAAACAGCAUCAUUAUACAAUGUCCUAUCUGAUUAUAGUAGCAGUUUAAUUUCAUUGGACUCUGCCAAGCAAAGGAUAACAUCAGACAUUGUUGGUUAUGCUAUGCUGAUGAUCGCUACACCAACUCUGUUUUCUUUAACUGUGGGUGGCGGUCAAACAAUCGCAAGUCUAUACAGUCGAAGGCAAAUGAUUUAUCUCGUUGAUUUCUUGUUGGAUGGAAACGAGAAUAAUCUUUUGUAUCAUAGUCGACAUUUGACACAAAUACCCGAUUUUAUUUCACAUGAUAUUUCCGAAUUGAACAGUCAACUUUUCUACUUUAUUUUCGGUCAUAUUUAUUAUACGGGAGUUAUCGGUCAGAUCAUUCUAGCUAUUAUCUUAUCGAUCCUACUCGGUGAACAGGAUGGUGGACCUCUCGGUGUACUUGUUGUUUUCUUAUUCGUCGUUGGCUUUUUCAUAUUCACAAAUAUUCUCUCACUAGUUUUCAAUAGAUGGGUUCGCUUAGACGAAAUAAAAUUCUCGGAAUUCGUCGCUGGCCAUAAACGUAUUGAUCUACAAGCGGAACAAAUUGCUCUCACAGGUGAAAGUGCGUGUCGCAUCGAACACAAAGAGAUACGUGAAAGAUUAAACUCAUCCAUUCAUUAUCAAAUGCAUUCUGGUUUUCUCUAUUCGAUCAUUGUUGGUAUAGUUAGAUUGUCUGUGGUCAAUACUUACUUGAUUAAUUAUGGUAUACCAGCAGCUAUUUUCUUCUAUUCUUGGUACAAGGAAGGUCUAGCAGAUCCGACGAAAGCAAGUCGAUUUGUAACGUUGAGCGUUUAUAUGUAUCAACUGUAUUCGUCUUGGAAUUAUAUCAACUAUUUUGCUGAUCCUCUGAUACGUAUACAAUCAAUUGGAAUUCGUAUUGUUAAUUAUUUAGAACAUCUUCGAAAAACGAAAGAACAUCAGUAUCAUCUUGCCAUCAACGGACAGAAACGUGAAUAUAGGAGACGAAAAUCCGAUGAAGCUUCUAUCACUCUGAAUCAUGUUAAUGUUUAUGUUCCUGAGUCCUCUCAACUUCUCAUAUCCGAUAUCAAUCUGAUAUUGGCACCCACAGAUAAUCUCAUCAUUACCGGUCCAUCAGGCUGUGGUAAAUCUACUUUAUUACGUCUUUUAGCGAACCUUAUUCGUCCGAAUGAAAGCCAAGCAACCAACUCCAAUGUCCGUAUCUGCCCGCGACAAAAUACAAUCUUCCUCUGUCAGCAGCUGCAUUUAAUCCAGGGUACUCUUAGAGAACAACUCUCCUAUCUUCGACAAGCACAUGGCUUAGGACCCAUCACAGAUGAUCUUCGUGUUCGUCAAUUACUGAAUGAAUUCCGCCUAAGCCAUCUAGUCGAACAAUAUUCUAUGGAUGGGCAACCGCAAAGUUGGUUCCGCCUGCUCUCAAUAGGUGAACAGCAACGUUUGAUGAUGGUAACUGCAUUAAUUGUUGGAACAGAUAUGAUUGAUCUACUGGUCUUGGAUGAAAUAACUUCCGGAUGUGAUCAACACACAGAACAAAUCAUCUAUGAAUAUCUUCAACGAUCUAACAUACAAUUUCUGUCUGUAUCACACCGGAAAGAGAUUGAAGAAUAUCACACGUGUAAAAUGACAAUCGAUGCAAAUCGACAUUCCUAUGUGAUCUGUCGAAAUAAAUAA